AUGGGAAAGACAGGUAAAGCUACCAAGAAGUUUCAAAAGAACCAUUUGAAACACACUCUUGAUCAUAGGAAACAAGUUCAAAAACAUUCCAAAUUAGUCCAAUGCCGUAAGAAGAAACCAACUGGAGAUAAUGAUAAUGAACCUAAAGGUAAAUCUAAAGAGAUAUUCGAAGAUAUGUCAGUAGAUGAUUUCUUUGAAGGUGGAUUUGAAGUUCCAAAACCAAAAAAGAACGCCAAACCAAUUGAAAGUGAAGAUGAUGAAUCUUCAGAAGAAGAAGAUAUCGAAGAUAUCGAACAAAAUAUGAAAGACUUACAAAGUAAAGAUCCUGAAUUUUUCAAGUAUUUACAAAAUAAUGAUAAGGAUUUAUUGGAUUUUGAAGGUUCAAACCCAUUAGAUGCCAUAAGUGAUGAUGAAGAAGAAGAACAAGAAGAAGAUGACGUUAUCAGUGAAGAUGAAAUCGAACCUGUUGAAGAAGAAAUUAAAAAUAAGGUCAAGAAGACUGAAAUUACUUUACCAUUAGUUAAAUCUUGGGAAAAAGAAUUGGUCAAUAAACCUAGUCCAAAGAUCAUCAAACAAGUCUGUAUGGCUUUCAAAGCAGCCAUCAAUAUCAACAAUGAUAGUGAAGAAUAUAAAUAUGUUAUUACCAAUCCAAAAGCAUUCAAUCAAUUAAUGUUAUUAACUUUGAAACAAUUACCUGAAUCAAUUCAAACUUUAGUUAAGUAUAAGAACACCAAUAAUGUCAGAGUCAUUCCUCAAAAGAAUCAAAAUGUUUCUCAAAUAUCAGCUAUCUUGAAAUCUCAUGCCAGUUCAUUCAUCACUUUAUUAAAUGAUAUCAAUAAUGUUGAAACUGCUACUUUGGUUUUAUUCUCAUUGCAAGAAGUUUUCCCAUACUAUUUAUCAUUCAGAAAGUUAUUAAAAGAAAUCUUGUCAUCAGUUAUAAAUAUUUGGUCUUCAACUAAAGAAGUUGAAAUUCAAAUUGCAACUUUUGCUUUCUUAAAUAAUGUUUCAAAAGAAUUCCCAAAAUCUAUCAUGGAAAAUGUAUUGAAAUUAUCAUACACAAUCUUCUUAAAGAACUGUAGAAAAACCAAUCAUUUCACUAUGCCAUUAUUAAAUUUCUGUAAAAAUUCAGCAGCUGAAUUAUAUGGAAUUGAUGAAACUUUAUCAUAUCAAAUUGGGUUUGAGUAUGUUAGACAAUUAGCUAUACACUUAAGAAAUAGUAUCAAUGCUACUUCAAACGCCAAAGAAGGUUAUAAAACCAUCUAUAAUUGGCAAUAUUGUCAUUCAUUAGAUUUCUGGUCAAGAGUGUUAUCUCAACAAUGUAACCCUGAAAAGGAAUUACAAAAUCACAAGAAUAAAGAAAGUCCAUUAAGGCAAUUAAUUUAUCCUUUAGUUCAAGUAACUUUAGGUGCUAUUAGAUUGAUUCCAACUGCUCAAUUCUUUCCUUUAAGAUUCUAUCUUAUUAGAUCAUUAAUCAGAUUAUCUCAAUCCACCGGAGUUUUCAUUCCAAUCUUCCCAUUGAUUUCUGAAAUUUUGAACUCAAAUGCUUUCACUAAAAAUGCUAAAAGAGUUCAUUUACCAGUUUUCGAUUUUGAAAAUAAUAUCAAAGUCAACCAACAAUAUCUUGGUACUAAAGUUUAUCAAGAAGGUUUAUCUGAACAAUUCAUUGAAUUAUCCUAUGAAUUCUUCGUCUUAUACUGUAAAAAUAUUGCAUUCCCAGAAUUGGUUACACCAGCUGUCAUUUCAUUAAGAAGAUUCAUCAAGAAAUCCAAGAAUAUUAAAUUUAAUAAACAAUUGAGCCAAUUGAUUGAAAAAUUAAAUGAAAAUGCUCAAUUAAUAACUCAAAAAAGAUCAAAGGUCGAAUAUGGUCCUUCAAAUAAAACUGAAGUUCAAAAUUUCCUUAACGAUUUUAAAUGGGAAAAGACUCCCUUGGGUCAAUAUGUUAUUGUUCAAAGAAAAGCUAAAGAAGCUAGAUUGAAAUUAUUACAAGAAGCCAUCGAACAAGAAGAAGAAGCUAGAAAUCAAAGAAAAAAAGCUGAUGAUGAUUCAGAUAUAGAAAUUGAUGAAGCUGAAGAUGAUGACGAUGAAGAUGAUGACGAUAUGGAAGAGGAAGAAUAA